UUCUCCUCGACACAUCAGCCAUCCACAUCCCCUAUGGCCACCACCAUCAUGGGAACGGGGAGCCCUCAGGUCCAAACCUCCAAGGCCACUCAGAGCACUCCACAAACACCAUGGUCCUCUCAGUCUUCACACACCACCUCUGCCUCCACCACUGCCCAUGCUUCACUUCCCCUCACAGGAACGUCCCUCAGAUCCACCACUACCAUUUCAACUCCAUCUGCGCCUCAGACCUCACCGACCUCUGUGGUUUCCACACAGUCCACCUCGGCACUGACCACAAAGUCUGAGAGCCUCAGCAUCACAUCCAGUGCACCAGUGCUCUGGGGAACCACCAUGCCAAGGACAAUGAUCACCAGUCUCGUAACCACAACACUCAAGGCCACAGGACCCACAACCACCACACCAAUGAUGACCACGAACAACACUACCUCCACCCAAGCACACAGCUCUUUAACUACAGCCAAAACCUCCGCUCUCCCCGAGUCAUACACUUUCUCCUCGACACAUCAGACAUCCACGUCCCCUAUGGUCACCACCAUCGUGGGAACGGAGAGCCCUGAGGUCCAAACCUCCAAGGUCACUCAGAGCACUCCACAAACACCAUGGUCCUCUCAGUCUUCACACACAACGUCUGCCUCCACCACUGCCCACGCUUCACUUCCCCUCACAGGAACGUCCCUCAGAUCCACCAGUACCUUCUCAAGUUCAGUUGGGCCCCAGACCUCAACGAUCCCUCUGGUUCCCACACAGUCCACCUCGGCACUGACCACAAAGUCUGAGAGCAUCAGCAACCCAUCAAGUGCACCAGCACUCUGGGCAACCUCCAUGCCAAGGACAAUGAUCACCAGUCUCGUAACCACAACACUCAAGGCCACAGGACCCACAACCACCACACCAAUGAUGACCACGAACAACACUACCUCCACCCAAGCACACAGCUCUUUAACUACAGCCAAAACCUCCCCUCUCCCCGAGUCACACACUUUCUCCUCGACACAUCAGCCAUCCACAUCCCCUAUGGCCACCACCAUCGUGGGAACGGGGAGCCCUCAGGUCCAAACCUCCAAGGCCACUCAGAGCACUCCACAAACACCAUGGUCCUCUCAGUCUUCACACACCACCUCUGCCUCCACCACUGCCCACGCUUCACUUCCCCUCACAGGAACGUCCCUCAGAUCCACCAGUACCUUCUCAAGUUCAGUUGGGCCCCAGACCUCAACGAUCCCUCUGGUUCCCACACAGUCCACCUCGGCACUGACCACAAAGUCUGAGAGCAUCAGCAACCCAUCAAGUGCACCAGUGCUCUGGGCAACCUCCAUGCCAAGGACAAUGAUCACCAGUCUCGUAACCACAACACUCAAGGCCACAGGACCCACAACCACCACACCAAUGAUGACCACGAACAACACUACCUCCACCCAAGCACACAGCUCUUUAACUACAGCCAAAACCUCCCCUCUCCCCGAGUCACACACUUUCUCCUCGACACAUCAGCCAUCCACAUCCCCUAUGGCCACCACCAUCAUGGGAACGGGGAGCCCUCAGGUUCAAACCUCCAAGGCCACUUUGAGCACUCCACAAACACCAUGGUCCUCUCAGUCUUCGUACACGUCUGCCUCCACCACUGCCCACACUUCACUUCCCCUCACAGGAACGGCCCUCAGAUCCACCACUACCAUUUCAACUCCAUCUGUGCCUCAGACCUCACCGACCUCUGUGGUUUCCACACAGUCCACCUCGGCACUGACCACAAAGUCUGAGAGCCUCAGCAUCACAUCCAGUGCACCAGUGCUCUGGGGAACCACCAUGCCAAGGACAAUGAUCACCAGUCUCGUAACCACAACACUCAAGGCCACAGGACCCACAACCACCACACCAAUGAUGACCACGAACAACACUACCUCCACCCAAGCACACAGCUCUUUAACUACAGCCAAAACCUCCCCUCUCCCCGAGUCAUACACUUUCUCCUCGACACAUCAGACAUCCACGUCCCCUAUGGUCACCACCAUCGUGGGAACGGAGAGCCCUGAGGUCCAAACCUCCAAGGUCACUCAGAGCACUCCACAAACACCAUGGUCCUCUCAGUCUUCACACACAACGUCUGCCUCCACCACUGCCCACGCUUCACUUCCCCACAUAGGAACGUCCCUCAGAUCCACCAGUACCUUCUCAAGUUCAGUUGGGCCCCAGACCUCAACGAUCCCUCUGGUUCCCACACAGCCCACCUCGGCACUGACCACAAAGUCUGAGAGCGUCAGCAUCACAUCCAGUGCACCAGUGCUUUGGGGAACCACCAUGCCAAGGACAAUGAUUACCAGUCUCGUAACCACAACACUCAAGGUCACAGGACCCACAACCACCACACCAAUGAUGACCACGAACAACACUACCUCCACCCAAGCACACAGCUCUUUAACUACAGCCAAAACCUCCCCUCUCCCCGAGUCACACACUUUCUCCUCGACACAUCAGCCAUCCACAUCCCCUAUGGGCACCACCAUCGUGGGAACUGGGAGCCCUCAGGUCCAAACCUCCAAGGUCACUCAGAGCACUCCACAAACACCAUGGUCCUCUCAGUCUUCGUACAUGUCUGCCUCCACCACUGCCCACGCUUCACUUCCCCUCACAGGAACGUCCCUCAGAUCCACCACUACCAUUUCAACUCCAUCUGCGCCUCAGACCUCACCGACCUCUGUGGUUUCCACACAGUCCACCUCGGCACUGACCACAAAGUCUGAGAGCCUCAGCAUCACAUCCAGUGCACCAGUGCUCUGGGGAACCACCAUGCCAAGGACAAUGAUCACCAGUCUCGUAACCACAACACUCAAGGCCACAGGACCCACAACCACCACACCAAUGAUGACCACAAACAACACUACAUCCACCCAAGCACACAGCUCUUUAACUACAGCCAAAACCUCCCCUCUCCCCGAGUCAUACACUUUCUCCUCGACACAGCAGCCAUCCCCAUCCCCUAUGGUCACCACCAUCGUGGGAACGGAGAGCCCUGAGGUCCAAACCUCCAAGGUCACUCAGAGCACUCCACAAACACCAUGGUCCUCUCAGUCUUCACACACAACGUCUGCCUCCACCAUUGCCCACGCUUCAGUUCCCCACAAAGGAACACCCCUCAGAUCCACCAGUACCUUCUCAAGUUCAGUUGGGCCCCAGACCUCAACGAUCCCUCUGGUUCCCACACAGUCCACCUCGGCACUGACCACAAAGUCUGAGAGCGUCAGCAUCACAUCCAGUGCACCAGUGCUUUGGGGAACCACCAUGCCAAGGACAAUGAUUACCAGUCUCGUAACCACAACACUCAAGGCCACAGGACCCACAACCACCACACCAAUGAUGACUACGAUCAACACUACCUCCACCCAAGCACACAGCUCUUUAACUACAGCCAAAACCUCCCCUCUCCCCGAGUCACACACUUUCUCCUCGACACAUCAGCCAUCCACAUCCCCUAUGGCCACCACCAUCAUGGAAACGGAGAGCCCUCAGGUCCAAACCUCCAAGGCCACUCAGAGCACUCCACAAACACCAUGGUCCUCUCAGUCUUCACACACCACCUCUGCCUCCACCACUGCCCACACUUCACUUCCCCUCACAGGAACACCCCUCAGAUCCACCAGUACCUUCUCAAGUUCAGUUGGGCCCCAGACCUCAACGAUCCCUCUGGUUCCCACACAGUCCACCUCGGCACUGACCACAAAGUCUGAGAUCCUCAGCAACCCAUCAAGUGCACCAGUGCUCUGGGCAACCUCCAUGCCAAGGACAAUGAUCACCAGUCUCGUAACCACAACACUCAAGGCCACAGGACCCACAACCACCACACCAAUGAUGACCACGAACAACACUACCUCCACCCAAGCACACAGCUCUUUAACUACAGCCAAAACCUCCCCUCUCCCCGAGUCACACACUUUCUCCUCGACACAUCAGCCAUCCACAUCCCCUAUGGGCACCACCAUCAUGGGAACUGGGAGCCCUCAGGUCCAAACCUCCAAGGCCACUCAGAGCACUCCACAAACACCAUGGUCCUCUCAGUCUUCACACACCACCUCUGCCUCCACCACUGCCCACGCUUCACUUCCCCUCACAGGGACAUCCCUCAGAUCCACCACUACCAUUUCAUUUCCAUCUGGACCUAAGACCUCUGUGACCUCCCUGGUUCCCACACUGUCCACCUCGGAAAAGACCACAACCUCUGAGAGCCUCAGCAUCACAUCCAGCACACCAGCGCUCUGGGCAACCUCCAUGCCAAGGACAAUGAUCUCCAGCCUUUUAACCACAACACUCAAGGCUACAGGACCCACAAAGACCACACCCCUGAUAACCUCGUCCACCAGUGCUUCGUUCCAAUCCCAGAGUACUUUCCGUACUUCCCCAGUGUCUUCCACUUUUGGGAGCUCCUCAUCUAAUUUCCCAUAUGUUUCUAUCUCCAGUUCUCCUUUUUUAUCUCCAAUUACUUCACCAUCUCAUUUUCCAAGUCUUUCCACUUCUUUUUUUCCAUCUUCUCCUUCUCCUUCUAUGCUCUGGUCCAAGACCUCAUCCAUAUCCUCCCUGUCAACCUCUCAGACUUCCUCGUCGUUCGAUUCCACCAUGUUCCCCUCUAGUUCUUCUUUGAUUUCAUCACCUACUUCAGUCCCUCCAACCCCCACCGUUGCUACUUCACAGUACUCGCCCACCAGCAGGUCCAUGUCCUCUCCUGCACUGUCCCCUGGACUCACAAGCAGAUCACAUUCUACCUCUCUUUCUUCCUUUUUGUCUCCCACACCAGCGUCCACUCCUGUCAAGACUUCCCUCUCACCUCCUUUUACCUCAUCUCUCUCCCCCUCUUAUCUUCCCACCCUGCCUCCUGUCCAUAUGUCUCCCAGGCCACCUCAAGUACCAGAGUCUAGCCCAGACUUCCCCUCCACUUCCAGGACCACACCCAGUGCCUCCCCUUCCUCUGCCUUCUCACAAUCCACCACCUCCCAGUUUACUUCUCUCACCACCCGAGCUUCCACGCUAGAUCUCGUGUCAUCUACCUUGGGGAUGACAGCUUCAACCAUUUCUCCCACCACCAACUUCACAACCAGCCCUCCUGGUACCACCAGGCUGCCCACAUCCAUGUUCCUGUCCAGCCACAUAACCUCUCGUGGAAGCUCCUCUACCUUCCCCCCAGCAUCCUCUUCUACUGUGGCUCCCCCGGUGUCCUCUCCUGGACCCUGCAGUGUACAGGAGCAUGAGCAAGAGAUCACGUACCAGGGGUGCACAGCAAACGUGACGCUGACCCGCUGCGAGGGUGUCUGUGCCUCUUCUGUCAGCUUCAACAUCACCACCCAGCAGGUGGAUGCCCAAUGCAGCUGCUGCUCACCACUUAGCUCCUACGAGAAGCAGGUCCUCCUGCCCUGUCCAGACCCCAACGCACCAGGCCAGCAGCUCACGCUCACCUUGCAGGUGUUCAGCAACUGUGUGUGCAAACCCCCAUGCAGAGCCUAGAGAAGCAGCCUGGUCUCCCGGACAUGAAGGGUCACAGGUCAAGAACAAAACAGAUGCCACCAUGGCCACCUCCUCUGGAUUUGUGCAGCAGCCCCUUUCCGGGACAUAGAUCUGGUCUCCAUGAGCCCUCGGAGGCAGCUCACCUGAGGCUGCUGUGAGGAAGAAGCUGCUAGGCAGAAGCCCUGACCACCUACCUCCUGCAGACCCUGCUAAGAGUAGGUUUGAGGUGGGCAAUGAACUGCUGACCCUGACACACCGGGCACUUGCUGACUGCAGCAUCUGCCAUGCACACAGCCUCCCAGCCUUUGAUCGCAGAAUCUUGCAGAGAAGAGGCCAAGGAGGGGUUGUGCCAGCAGGCUGCUGGGGAGCAUGAGGACUGAUGAGAUGGGGACAUGGGGGUGUGGACAGGGAUAGGGGACGAAAGGCAAGGUAAGCACCAAAUACAGCAGAGAGGGGUAUCCCCAGUCAGGGCGACAAGCAGGUGUAAGACAGUGGUACCCAGCUGGCCAGGCUGGCUGCCACCAGAACCCACAUCCCCAGAGGAGGCUGUCACCCACCACCGAGUUGAUUCCAAAUAAACUAGUUCUU